CGCAAGCGCAGAGGCGCCGCCUCGCCUCGGCGUCCCUCCUUCAGCCGAGAGGCUCCUUUCCGGGGCAACGAGGGCGACCGCGAGCACAGGAGAAAAAAAAAACCAUGGCAGCAAGGCGGAUGGCGCAGGAAUCUUUGGACAGUGUAUUACAGGAGAAAUCUAAACGGUAUGGGGAUUCCGAAGCUGUUGGUGAAGCUCUCCAUCUUAAAGCUCAAGAUCUCCUAAGGACAGGCUCAAGAGCCAGAGCAGAUGUCUAUGAGGACAUUCAUGGUGAUAGCAGGUACUCCGCCAGUGGAUCUGGAGUGUAUUCACUAGACAUGGGAAGAGAGGGUCUGAGAGGUGACAUGUUUGUGGGACCCUCCUUCAGAUCUAGCAACCAGUCGGUUGGUGAAGACAGCUAUCUUCGCAAAGAAUGUGGCCGGGAUCUGGAACCAGCCCAUACUGACUCCCGGGACCAGAGUUUUGGCCACCGGAAUCUGGGACAUUUUCCUUCUCAGGACUGGAAACUUGCGCUCCGUGGCUCUUGGGAACAAGACUUGGGCCACUCAGUUUCUCAAGAAUCCUCCUGGUCACAGGAAUAUGGUUUUGGGCCCUCAUUGUUAGGAGACUUGGCCUCCUCCAGGCGGAUGGAGAAGGAAAGUCGGGAUUAUGACCUGGACCAUCCUGGGGAGGUGGACUCUGUGUCUAGAAGCAGUGGGCAAGUCCUGACCAGAGGCCGAUCUCUAAACAUAGCUGACCAGGAAGGCACUCUACUAGGAAAGGGGGACACCCAGGGUCUGCUUGGAGCAAAGGGUGUUGGGAAGCUUAUCACACUGAAAAGCAUGACCACGAAGAAAAUACCUGUUGCCAGUCGUAUUACUUCCAAACCUCAGGGCACUAACCAAAUCCAGAAACCCACUCCAAGUCCUGAUGUGACCAUUGGGACAAGUCCAGUGCUAGAUGAAAUCCAGUUCGCUGCUCUGAAGAUUCCUUUGGGGCUGGACCUUAGGACCCUUGGCUUGCCCAGAAGGAAGAUGGGUUUUGAUGCCAUAGACAAGGCAGAUGUGUUCUCAAGGUUUGGCAUAGAGAUCAUCAAGUGGGCAGGAUUCCACACUAUCAAGGAUGACCUGAAGUUCUCCCAACUCUUCCAGACUCUUUUUGAACUGGAAACUGAGACCUGUGCCAAGAUGCUGGCCUCCUUCAAAUGCUCCUUGAAGCCGGAGCAUAGAGAUUUCUGCUUUUUUACCAUCAAGUUUCUAAAGCACUCUGCUCUGAAAACGCCCCGAGUUGAUAAUGAGUUUUUAAACAUGCUUUUAGACAAAGGUGCUGUGAAGACCAAAAACUGCUUUUUUGAGAUCAUCAAGCCCUUCGACAAGUCCAUCAUGCGGCUCCAGGACCGACUGCUGAAGGGCGUCACACCCUUACUCAUGGCCUGUAAUGCCUAUGAACUGAGUGUCAAGAUGAAGACCCUCACUAGCCCAUUGGACCUGGCUAUGGCCCUGGAGACCACCAACUCUCUUUGCAGGAAGUCCCUGGCCCUCUUAGGCCAGACCUUCUCCUUGGCUUCUUCCUUCCGGCAGGAGAAGAUCCUAGAGGCUGUGGGCCUCCAAGACAUCGCUCCAUCCCCGGCCUACUUCCCAAAUUUUGAAGAUUCCACUUUGUUCGGAAGGGAGUACAUAGACCACCUGAAGGCCUGGCUCAUGGCCAGUGGCUAUCCCCUCCAGCUCAAGAGAGCUGUGCCCCCAGAGUCCCGAGAACAGAAAACCACAGCUCAGACCUGGGCUUCGAGCACUCUGAGCCAAGCAGUUCCCCAGCGGGCGGAUCACAGGGUGGUGGACACCAUUGACCAGCUUGUCAUGCGUGUCAUCCAAGGAAGGCUAUCGCCCAGAGAGAGAACACUUCUCCUACAGGACCCUGCUUACUGGUUUCUGUCUGAUGAGAGUAGCCUGGAGUAUAAGUACUACAAGCUGAAGUUGGCAGAGUCACAGCGACUGAACCACAGCUGGCCCAUUGUGGAGCGGAGGCCAACGCCCGCACAGUGUGCGGUGCGUGCCAUGCUGUAUGCACAAGCUGUGCGAAGCCUCAAGCGCAGACUCCUCCCAUGGCAGCGCAGGCGGCUGAUUCGCUCCCAGGGUCCUCGAGGCCUGAAGGCCAAGAAAGCCACCACUGCCCAGCAGACAUCCCUGUCCUCAGGCACUCGGCAGAAACACCAUGGCCGCCAGGCUUCUGGCUCCUUGAGGGUGAAGCCACCACCACGGGAUUCAAGUGAUGCUGCCCAGGACUGCCUAUCAGAGCCUGCCAAACCCUGUCCUCAGCCCUCCAGCCCUGGAGCCUUGGGCCCGUCUCCUCGGCCAACUGGAGCGGAUGACUCAGAAGCCCUGCCGGCCUCUUCUCGAUGCCCCUCUGCUAAUAUGGAUGCAAAGACCAUGGAGACUGCUGAGAAGCUGGCCAGAUUUGUGGCUCAGGUCGGCCCUGAGAUUGAGCAGUUCAGCAUAGAGAACAGCACUGACAACCCUGACCUGUGGUUCCUGCACGACCAGAGCAGCUCAGCUUUCAAGUUCUACCGAGAGAAGGUGCUGGAACUGUGCCCAUCCAUCUCCUUCCAGUCCACUGGUGAGGCAGGGGACUCAGUACAGAGCCCCACAGCUGGCAAGGAGGGUAAGGGUGAGCCACAGGAGGGGCACCCUGAGCAGGAGGCUUCACUGGAGGGCACUGAGGUGCUGCCUGAGGAGGAAGAGGAAGAUGAGGAGGAGAGCGAGGACGAGGGUGGAGAGGAGACCUCCACUCUCAGGCCACAGGCAGGAGCUGCCAAGUGUCCAGGCUCUGAGGGCAGUUCCCCUACUGACAGCAUCCCUGGAGAGGGGUCCAGGGAGGACCAGGCCAGCACCCCUGGCCUGUCCCAGGCCUCCUCUGGCAGCUGCUUCCCCAGGAAGAGAAUCAGCAGCAAGUCGCUGAAAGUUGGCAUGAUCCCUGCCCCAAAGAGGGUGUGUCUCAUCCAGGAGUCAAAGGUCCACGAACCAGUUCGAAUUGCCUACGACAGGCCUAGGGGUCGUCCCAUAGCCAAAAAGAAGAAACCCAAGGACAUGGAGUUUUCCCAGCAGAAACUGACAGACAAGAACGUGGGCUUCCAGAUGCUGCAGAAGAUGGGCUGGAAGGAAGGCCAUGGCCUGGGCUCCCUUGGGAAGGGCAUCCGAGAGCCCGUCAGUGUGGGUGCUCUUUCAGAAGGAGAGGGCCUGGGAGCUGAUGGGCCUGAGCAGAAAGAAGACACCUUUGACGUCUUCCGCCAGCGCAUGAUGCAAAUGUACAGACACAAGCGGGCCAGCAAAUAGGUGUGUGCCAGGACGCAGACCAGCAGCUGAUGCUACCAGAAAGAAAAUCUGAGUAAGGCAGGAGGGCCAUUCCUGCCAUGUGCCACAUGCUCCUGUUCAGGCACGCAGGGGAGGAAGCUCCUCAACAGAAGGGUAGCUUACUAGCCCCAGCCCUCCCACCCUCCCUCCAGUGCCUCUGCCUGGAUUUGAGCAUGCUGUCAUGGGACUGGGCCACCCUCGGCCUUACCUGUUUCUACUCCAGGUUUCUCUCGAAGAUGACAGUUCCUUGCAGGGGCCAAACAGGAUAGACUUGAUGAGUGGCCUUGCUCAGCCACCACACUCCUUCCUGAGGGCCUCAAGUGCUGUUUUGUGAGGGGUCUAUAGGCCUCAUCCUUCUCACUCUUGGUUUUUUGUUUUUACUUGUAUUGUGUGUAUGUGAGUGAGCAGGUGUGUUACGGUGCCCAUAAGAAGAGCAAAGGACAACUUGUGAGUCAAUUCUCCUUCUACCAUGUGCGACUCCGGGAGUGAACUCAGAUCCUCAGGCUUGGUAGCAAGCACCCUGACCCACUGAUUCCUGUUGCCAGCCCUCAUUCUUGGUUCUUGACCUUCUUACCCGUCAUGCUUCAUACACAGUUCUGAACAGCCAUUCUCUUCUUAACUAGAUCAGAGCCACUGGCGACAGAGAUAAGCCUCGAAGCAGCCUUGCCCUUCCCGUCACCCUGCCCCGGACGCCUGCAGCCUGAGCCUCGGUGUGUACUCGGCCAGCUCCACAUCCCUAGGUCAGGUCCCAGCAGGCCUUGCCACUCUGCAGAGCAGCAGCCACUCAGGCACCCUUGUCUGUCCUGCUUCUGACUCUGUCCUUCAUCUUAUUCCUCUUUGUAGGGUGCUUCCUCGGCCUUGGUGCCCAGGGCCUGGCUCCUCUUUAAGUUCUCCACAAAGCCCUGCCUUCCAGAGCCCUGUGCUGCUGUGUCUUCAGAGCUUAUCUGGAAACAGACGGGCUCCAGUGGAGAGGGAACACUGGAUUCUUGCUUUUGAGCAAUGAUGUCUCAGCUCCUACAGAAUUCUGAGAGCUUUGCAGGCUGAAGCAGGGGGAUCUAGGAUCUAGGACAAGUUAAAGUUCUGCCUGGCUGUGUAGCAGGACCCUGUCUUGAGAGACUUCUCAAAAGCUUAGCCCCAGUUUAAUAUAGUUGAGGCUUAUACCACACCUGUUUCUGUGCCUGGGAAGUGCAUUCUGAGGAAACCCCAGUACUUGCACUUGCAGCCUCCACUGUGGCCCCUGCAGGCCAGUGCGACGGUGCUGCAGCAGUUCCCAUGUACAGUGUCUUUCUGAAGCCUCAGGAAGGAUGGUGUGGCUCAGCUGCCAUGGAUGUCUGCUUUGGAGCCCAACUCCACCCAUGCCCGCUACCCCUGUUUGGUACAGAUCCUCUCGAUGCAUCCCAGCCUCCCCACCACAGUGCUGGGCAUUUGAAAUCAGUCUGUGGAAGUCUGGAAAGGCUGAUGUCAGGGCUGGGGACAUGGUGGUCAGGUGUCAACCAUGAGCACAGCAGGAGGAUCUUGCUGUAGUGAUACUCAACUCUCCUCUCAGCUUAGCUCUACUUUCUGUUUCCCAGCAUGCCCUUCUUCACAGCUGCUGCAGCUCACACCACCUCACUCUCUUCUGGUGUCUUGGCAACUAACGGGUCUUUGUAGCAAUAGAGAUGCUGCACUGCCAGUGGGUCACAGUCUGACUCUUGAACACAAAUCUGCAGGGUGGGAAAUGACAGGUCAGGGACACCAGGCUGCAGUUUCAUCUUCAGGUCUUUCUUUCACCUUCUAGCAGCUUCCAUGUUGGUUGUGGGUUGGAAUGGGACUCUGGUCCAUGGUGGGCUCUUAAGAGGAGUUCCCAUCCAUAAGUGGAGCACACAGACCUGGGUGUGCUGCUCACUUCAUAUCUUCAGCUUCUCUCCAGCCACCUGCAUUUGUGCUGCUCCAUUGGGGCUUCAAGAUGAUUGAGGAAUUGUGGGUAGAUGGCCCUUGUGCCAAGACUCUGGAAGGUGAGACUGUCAGGCAGCCCCCCAAGUUGAGAAUGACAUUCCUAGGCACUCUUGUCAAGACAGGAUGAAUAGUGGGGAGAGAGAGAGCACAUAUCUUAUGCCCCUCAACGUGAGCCAUCUUGAUGCUCCUCACACACACCUUGCCAUCCUUGCCCUCCUGGGGCACCUUGCUCUCCAGCCAAGCUGCUCUAGGGGCAGGGCUGUGGAGGACACCUGAUGUAUACUCAUGUGACCUUGUUCCUGUCACAGUGUUUGUCCUGUCAUUCUAGUUCCAGGGUCACAUCCACAAGGACCAUGGAUUCCAAAAGUUGUGCUGGCCUGGCCUGCCCUGGCUCCAGUUUGUUCCUGUUCCUGGAUGUGCGUCGUGCAAGUUGAUUCUGUACCUGGUAAAACCUAGAACACACUUGUGAUGUCACCUCUUGGAUGUAGUUGUGUUUGUAAGGAUCUAAGAAGUCAUGGUGUUGUCGGUGUUGAGUGCUUGGAAUAAAUGAAGAGCAGACCCGC